AAAAAAUCGAACUCAACGUUUCGUGUCUUCUAAACCCAAAACCCCUCGUUUGUAAGCGCCAGGCUUCGAUUUCCGGCACUGUCCUUCCGGCCUCCUCCCUUCUCGCCUCCAUUCUUGCGAUCGCCGGCGAGUUUACACUCAGUUGAAAAGCAAAGCGAGCAAUCUGAGAAAAUUAAUCAAUUACAUGACUGCACUCUAGGCAGACGAUAUCAAUGGCUUACAGGCGCAGCCUUUGCACAAGAGCAGAUCUUGUAGCUCGGCGGUGUCAUCCAUCAUUUAGCAUUUUUCUUCAUCAUACUGAUGACCGUAAAGAUCAACAUUUGGAUGGAGAUUCAGUUUCCCCUGAAAAAAUCAAUAAUUUCCUUCAGAGGAGAUCAUUUGGAACCAGCUUUAACAAGUCAUCCAGGUCUAAUUUUUUUGCUCAUGAUAGAAGAUAUCCAAACACUUUCUUCUCGUCAAGUGCUGGUUCCUUUUUCUGCCGCUACAUGUCAAGUACUAUAGGUGGAGGGUCUGAAAAAAUUGAAUUCAUGAGUGAUGUUGCAGAAGUUCUCACAGAUACAACAGUUCAAUCGGCAGUAUCUCAGGCUGCUGUAGCUAAUGAAGUAGCCAUUGCUGCUGCUGAUUCUUUUCUUCCUGUCAAGGGUUUGCAGUACUUUAUAGAUUCUAUGCAUUCUUUUACUGGUUUAAAUUGGUGGGCUUGCAUUGUAUUAACAACCAUACUGAUUCGUGGUGCAACAUUCCCACUUUUGAUAAAUCAACUCAAGUCUACUGCAAAGCUUACUAUGUUAAGGCCUCACUUGGAGGAUGUUAAGAAACAGAUGCAAGAAAAGGGGAUGGAUCCUAGGGCCGUGGCUGAAGGUCAACAACAAAUGAAAAAACUUUUCAAUGAGUUUGGUGUGAGCCCAUUUACCCCAUUGAAGGGACUUUUUAUUCAGGGUCCUGUCUUCGUCAGUUUUUUCCUUGCGGUCUCAAACAUGGCAGAGAAAAUGCCUUCAUUUAAAAAUGGUGGAGCAUACUGGUUUGUCGAUCUCACGACUCCAGAUACAAUGUAUAUUUUUCCAGUUUUAACAGCACUGACAUUCUGGAUCACAGUGGAGUACAAUAUGCAAGAAGGUAUGGAAGGAAAUCCUAUAGCUGGCACAAUGAAAAAUGUGAUGAGGGGUCUUGCUAUUGCUACCGUUCCCUUGACCAUGAGUUUUCCAAAGGCAAUAUUCUGUUACUGGGUUACAUCUAACUUGUUUUCGCUUGGAUAUGGAGCAGUUCUCAAAGUUCCUGGGGUAAAGAAGGCCUUGGGUGUUCCAGAAGUGCCAGCAGAAAAUUCGAAUACCACUCCUCAGCCUGCCUUCUCAUUUCUUACAGCUAUGAAACAGGCAACGGAAGCCAAUCAACCAGCCACCACUUCAUUAACCGCUGAACCGUCACCGGUGCAAGACCGAAAAAUAUCUUCAUCAUCAGUUAUCAGUCAGAGGCUUAGAAGUUUGGAAAAAGAAGUGAAAGGAAGGAAAAAGAUGAAGAACAAGAAAAAGUGAGUAUAAUACUUUAGGUGUUGGGACACCAAUUACAUUUAUUUAGCUUUUCUGCUGGUAGACUGUAGUAGUAUUCUAUAACCAGUUAAUUUAGUUAUUAUUUUCCUCCAAAUGGUGGUUUUAAUACCCCAAGAAGAGAGAGAGAGAGAGAGGGAGGGAGCAGCCAAAAGAAAAUAAGUUCUUUUGCUUGUAGAUUUUCUACAAGUUCAAUCUGAAUUUUUGGAGUUUUGAAAAGAUUACUUUGUAAAAGUAAAACAGAGCUGAGAAAUGUUAGUAUAUUUUUUUUUGAUAUAAGAUGUUUAAAUGUCUGAUAUGAUUUUAC